CAUGUGACUCACCAUCGCCGAAAGCUGUUUUGGUUCCAUUUUCAGAGAGAUCUACACCAUUUGUGAACUGAUAUCAAGCUUUCUUCACCACCCAUUAACUUGUUAGAUCUUUCGCUUGUUCGCCGUUUUAUGAUUAUUGUUCAUCUGCAUUUGUUUAUCGGUUUUCUAGUUAUGAACUUACCAAGCUUUUCAGGGUUUUAGUUCGCGGGAUGUAUUUCUUAUAAUCGGAUUUUCUUGCAUUAGGGUUUCUGUUUGAACAGGAAGCAACAAUUGGCUGAUUUUCGGGGAAAAUCAGUUCCUUUCAUUUUUAUUCUGAAGGAAAAUAUUGGUUGGGUUACCUCUGUAAAUGGAGAAGGACAAGUCUCCAAACCUCGGUGGGAGUUUGUUGCCUCCUUCUGGGAGGCAUUUGGUGUAUUCGCCACCGUCUGGAAAUAAUUUGAGUGUCAAAUCGGAGCCAUCAGGGUCAACUACAUUGCCUCCGAUUGGACCUGGCAGUGGCACUACUGAACCUGUUCGAUUUGGUGGUCAAGGGAGUUGUGAUUCUAGCCGUUUCAGUCAUGAUGUUAGCAGAAUGCCUGAUAACCCACCCAAGACUUUGGGUCAUCGACGGGCCCACUCUGAAAUUCUCACUCUACCAGAUGAUAUUAGUUUUGAUAGUGAUCUUGGUGUAGUGGGUGGCUUUGAUGGACCUUCGUUCUCUGAUGAGACCGAAGAAGAUCUGUUUUCUAUGUACCUUGACAUGGAUAAGUUCAAUUCUUCAUCUGCAACAUCUACCUUUCAAGCGGGUGAAUCAUCUUCAUCUGCAGUGCAAGUUUCAGCAGCUUUGACAUCCCUGCCUGAGAACCUUGUCCCCAGCUCCAGUGAAAGGCCGAGGGUUAGACAUCAGCAUAGUCAGUCCAUGGAUGGGUUUACCACAAUUAAGCCGGAAAUGCUCACCUCUGGUCCAGAAGAAACAUCACCAUCUGAUAAGAAAGCCAUCUCUGCUGCCAAGCUUGCUGAGCUUGCUCUUGUAGAUCCAAAGAGGGCAAAAAGGGUAUUGGCAAAUAGGCAGUCUGCUGCAAGGUCAAAGGAGAGAAAGAUGAGAUACAUAGCGGAGCUUGAAAGGAAAGUUCAGACACUGCAAACAGAAGCAACAUCACUGUCUGCUCAACUUAUCCUUUUACAGAGAGAUACAAGUUGCCUGACAGCUGAAAACAGUGAAUUGAGGGUGCGUUUACAAACCAUGGAGCAACAGGUUCACUUGCAAGAUGCUUUAAACGAUGCACUGAAGGAGGAGAUCCAGCAUCUGAAAGCCCUUACAGGUCAGAACCUUGUGAACGGUGGAACAAUGAUGAACUUCCCUCCGUCUUUUGGAUCAAACCAGCAGUUUUACCCCAACAACCAAGCCGUCCACACAAUGUUAACUGCACAACAGUUUCAACAACUCCAGAUACAGUCCCAUAAGCAGCAACAACAGUUUCAGCAGCAACAGAUCCAGCAACUUCAGCAGCAGCAACUCCACCACCAUCAGCAGCAGCAGCAGCAGCAGCAGCAACUUCACCAUCAUCAGCAGGAACAGCAUUUGUCGGAAAGUGGUGACCUGAAAACAAGAAGCUCCAUGUCAUCUUUGAGCUUAAAAGAACAUGGUUUGGAUGUCAACCCCCAUGCAUCCAAUGAUUGAGUAAAUAAGUUUGGUUUGGAUGGUUAGUUAUUGUGCAAAAAUCGUGGUUAAUAUCUGUCCGAUAGAAUAGCUUUUGUUUAUAUGCAUCUUUUAAGACCAUUCCAUUCUAGGUUGUCGAAAUCAACUUAAGUUGAAGCUUUCUUACACAUGGGUAUUUUUCUUUGAGCUUUCACCAGUGGUUGCAUUAUAGGGAACAUCCUGUUGCAUUUAUGCAAAACUGAAAUACUUGCAUUGGGUCAAAUUUGUUGUCCAUGGUUGGGAAAUGAUCAUUUUUCUUCAAAGAGAAUUUCUUUUC